AUGUUGGAAGAAAGUGAAGGCGGGUUUAUAAAACCUUCAAGAAUCACAAGAAGUACUAGAAACAAAAGUAAAAAUGUGAACUAUAUUGAGAUAUCUGACAAUAGUGAGGAUGAUAUCAGUGUAAAAGGUGAGAAUGAUUCAGAAUAUAUGGAUUCUAAAGAAAAUCUACAAGAUAUUAUCUCAAUAAAAGAUUGCGAUGAUGAUGAUAAUAUACCCUUAAAUGAUCACAAACAUAAUACUUCAUCAAAAGUGGAGAAACCAACCAAGAAGAAGAGGAAAGCAAAGGCUAAAAAAACAAAAGGACCAAAGUUAACUCCAUACGAACGAAGUACACUACGGCUUUACGAAUUUCACCCAGAAUUGAAGACGGUAUUUGAAGAUUUAAGAAAUGUUCCACAAUAUGUUCCUGUCAGGGCAGUGCAACCUGCUGGGCUUUCAAUAAAACUACUUCCUUUUCAAUUAGAAGGUUUAGCUUGGCUAGUCGACAAGGAAGAGAAUUCACCUUAUAACGGUGGUGUUCUAGCAGAUGAAAUGGGUAUGGGUAAAACAAUCCAGACGAUAGCAUUACUACUGCAUGACAUUAAGAGAACUCCUUCCCUUGUCGUAGCUCCAACGGUAGCCUUAAUGCAAUGGAAAAAUGAGAUAGAGCAGCAUGCGAACGGUAAACUGGAAACGUACAUGUAUCAUGGUGCAAACAGAACCUCCGAUAUGCGUGUUCUAUCUGAAUAUGAUGUUAUACUAACGACAUAUUCAGUCCUGGAAUCUGUUUAUAGAAAACAAACUUAUGGGUUUCGGAGAAAAACAGGCUUGGUGAAAGAACAAUCUGUCUUGCAUAAUCUACCGUUUUAUAGGGUAAUUUUAGAUGAGGCACAUAACAUUAAAGAUAGAACUAGUAAUACAGCAAAAGCAGUGAAUGCCAUACAAACUCAAAAAAGAUGGUGUUUAAGCGGUACACCUUUACAAAAUAGAAUUGGGGAGAUGUAUUCCCUAAUAAGAUUUUUAGAUAUAUAUCCAUUUACAAAGUAUUUUUGCACAAAAUGUGAUUGUAAUUCAAAAGAUUGGAAAUUUUCUGAUCGUAUGCAUUGUGAUAAAUGUAACCAUGUCGUAAUGCAACACACUAAUUUUUUCAACCAUUUCAUGUUGAAAAACAUACAAAAAUUUGGUGUUGAAGGUCCAGGUUUAGAAAGUUUUAAUAACAUUCAAAUUCUAUUGAAAAAUAUCAUGUUAAGGAGAACAAAAGUCGAAAGAGCUGAUGACCUUGGUUUACCUCCUAGAAUAAUUACUAUUCGGUCAGAUUAUUUUAAUGAAGAGGAAAAGGAUCUUUACCGUAGUUUAUACAGUGAUGUUAAAAGAAAGUUUAAUUCUUAUGUCGAAAGUGGUGUUGUCUUAAAUAAUUAUGCUAACAUUUUCUCAUUAAUUACCAGAAUGAGACAAUUGGCAGAUCAUCCAGAUUUAGUAUUAAAAAGGCUAAAUGCAAACUCAGAAAUUACCGGAGUGAUCAUAUGUCAAUUAUGUAACGAUGAAGCAGAGGAACCGAUUGAAUCAAAAUGUCAUCAUAGAUUUUGUAGAUUAUGCAUCAAAGAAUUUGUAGAAUCAUAUAUGGACAAUCUGGCAUCAUUAACGUGUCCGGUUUGUCAUAUUGGGUUAAGUAUUGACUUAUCUCAACCAUCUUUGGAAUGUAAUAUGGAGGCUUUUAGAAAGCAAAGCAUUGUUAAUAGAAUAAAUACUUCAGGGACAUGGAGAUCUUCAACCAAAAUUGAAGCAUUGGUCGAAGAAUUGUACAAAUUAAGGAGCAAUGUCAGAACUAUAAAGUCGAUUGUGUUCUCACAAUUUACUAGUAUGUUAGAUUUGGUGGAAUGGAGGUUACAAAAAGCAGGUUUUCAAACAGUCAAACUGCAAGGCAAUAUGUCGCCUACUCAAAGAGAUGAAACUAUUAAAUAUUUUAUGAAUAACAUUAACUGCGAGGUGUUUUUGGUUAGUUUAAAAGCAGGUGGUGUGGCAUUGAAUUUAUGUGAGGCUUCUCAUGUUUUUAUUUUGGAUCCGUGGUGGAAUCCUAGUGUAGAGUGGCAAAGUGGUGACAGAGUUCAUAGAAUUGGUCAGUUUAGGCCUGUCAAAAUUACUAGAUUUUGUAUUGAAGACAGUAUUGAAUCGAGAAUAAUUGAAUUGCAGGAGAAGAAAGCAAAUAUGAUAAACGCCACUAUUAACCAAGAUCAAGCCGCUAUCAACCGCUUGACUCCAGCAGAUUUGAAUUUCUUAUUCAAUAAUUGA